AUGGCUACCUCUCUCGCCAAACAGCUGGCGCAGAUCGCCGUCAAGUCAAAGACUACGUUGAACGCAAAGGCCCAAAAGGCCGCUCACUCGAAAUCCCUAAUCUGGGAGCCCAAGAUCGCCGCAACCCAAAGCUUCCAGAGCCUCUACCCCGUCUGCCAAGAAGGAUUCGAAGAACUCUGCGGUCUCGACUCCCGCUUCGCCCCCUUCCGUGCGACGCUCUUUAGCGAACAGAGCCAGAGCGAGGAGAGGACCCAGCUCACCGAGGCCGAAAAUGUCGAACUUGACAGGAAAGUCGAGGCUUUUCUGCGUCUUGCAGGUAGCCGGCUACGGCUUAUGCCAGCCAUCAAAGCAAUUGAGUGGUUGAUUCGACGGUUCAGGGUUCACGAGUUCAACACCGCCUUCCUCCUCACCACAUUCCUCCCGUACCACACUCUACCGGUCUUUGUGACACUCUUGUCUCGGGCUGCCAAGGCGCUCCUCAAAGCCACCUCGAUCGGCCGCGAGUGGAGGGUUGAUGCCAACGGCCUCUGCCUAGCCAUGAUUGACAGGGCCGCUGCUACGUCCGUCCUUUUCAAGGCGCUCCUCCUCCUUGGCACCAACCUCAGCGAGGAGGUCGAUGCGAGCGGAAGCGUGAGGAAGGAACUCGGUACUAUGCUCGUUCAACUAUCCCAGGAUCCUGGCGAGUGCGGUGACAUUAUUCAAAACGCCAUCACUGAUAUCGACUUCGACAUGGACCAGCUGGAGAUGCGAUUGGAUCUGUCGCUGCGCCAAAAUAAGAUGCUUCCUGCGCCAGAGGAUGAUGCUAUGGAGACGAGCGAAGCCCCUGUGCCCGUCAAGGAAACCCUCAGCGACGAGUUGGCCAAGGUUUCAAGCCUGUCGGACGGUCUAUCCUCCAAUCUUGGUGCUGAUGCUGGAGAGGCUUUCCCCGCGGUCAGCGAAGUCUUCCUUCGGGCCAUCAUCGAUCCUACCCCGGAAAAGGUGCUAGAGCAGUUCGAUUCGCUGCCGGUCCUGGCCCGUGAGAAAGCUCUCUCGGAGCCCACCUACAUUUCCUUUUAUGUGCGCAUUUGGUGCGGAGCAUUCCCGGCCCUGGCCAAGGCCAAAGCGUUGGAGAUGGUGAAGAACCGGCUGAAGACGUGCAAUGAGAAGCUGGACCUGCAGGCCCUUAUCCCCUACAUCCUCGCAGCUCUCAGUGACCCAUCCAAGAAGGUACGACAGGCCGCUGCGGAUCUGCUCAUCGUCGUCGACCAAGCAUAUCCCAGCAAUACCAAGGGAUCAGGAGCCGCCAUUUGGGGAGAGAAAUCGCUCUAUCCGGGUACCCAGGGCCGCGACGCAUUUAGCACUGAAGCCGCCGCCAAGGUGAUCCGAACCGUUCUCCUCCCUACCCUCGAAGAGUGCGUCAUUCACCAGGAUCACGUCAGCGCCAUUUUUGAGUCUUCGAUUGGCCCGGGCAAGACCAAGGAUUCCGAGGAGGCGAAGGACCGCCUCCCUCCUCCCGUUCGGCUUGCGUUUGCCCGAUUUACCGCUGCCGUCAUUUUCCGCACCCCGUUUUUGCUUGUCAAGGAACGUCUUCUCAAAGCUCUUAACCGUGUUCGAUCGAUUCCCAGCACCAGCAGAACCCAGCUUCUCCUACCGUCUCUCAACUGGUGGGCGGGCCUGACCUCGGAACAAGUAUCGGAACUCGUCAAGAAGGAACGCAUCGAUGAGGCUAGCCUCAACCAACGGUUCGUCGAGACCGUCGUCGCCAACGACGCUGCAGGCCUGCAGGCCUUGCUAAAGAUUAUCGUAACUUCGAAAGAUACCCGAGAGGACUUUAUCGAGACGAUUUUCUUGCGCCUUCGCAAGCUGUGGUCCUUGAUGAAGCCCGAGAACAAGUCAUCCAUAGCGAACCAGAUGAUCGACUUGGCUCUCAGCGCUUCUGACGCAGAUGAUAUGCCUCGGCCCACGGCCAUCGAGGCCGCGGAGCUUCUGCGAAGUGUCGAGUUGACCACGGAUAUCCUUUCCCACUUCCUCGACAACGAAGGCCCUCGUGGCUCGCCCCUGCAGCCUUCGCCUGAAAUCAACAUGGCCCUUAAGAAAGCUACCUUUGUGCUACAACUCAUCGAGAUCUCGAACCCCGUGGCCCACGCCGCACUCCUCCCCACCUUGUUCUCGACCCUCGCCAAACUGCAAACCUUCCGGUCCGUCGUCGGAUCCGACUUGGGUUACCUGCAAAAUGUCGUAUUGAUGAGCUUGCACGCCAUGCUCCCCGCAUACAAGGCCAAUAGCGAUCUCAAGAUCACCAUCUCGGACGGCUACGGCGACCUCCUCGUCAACUGCAUUCAAAAGUCCUCCAGUCCGGUUGUUCAGAACGCCGCCCUGCUCCUCAUUGCUAGCCUGGCUACAACUGCACCCGACGUUGUCAUCCACUGUGUCAUGCCGAUUUUUACGUUUAUGGGAGUAUCCGUCAUACGCCAGAGCGAUGACUACUCGGCGCACGUCGUCAACCAGGUUAUCAAGGAGGUUGUGCCACCUCUCGUCGCGACUCUCCGCAAGGGCAAGAAGAGUGUCGUGGCGGCUUCCUCGGAGCUACUCUUGAGCUUCACCUCCUCCUACGAGCAUAUCCCCUCUCACCGCCGAUUCGGUAUAUUCAUGUCGCUCGUUGACACGCUCGGCGCGGACGAGUUCCUGUUUGCCAUCAUUGCCCUACUUGUCGAGAAGCAGGGCCCUACCGAUGGCGUACUUUCUUUCGUCACGGAACUUCUCGACCGACAUAACGUGAAAACGCAGUUGGAUUCGCUGGUGAAGCUCAUUCAGCUCAUCGGUGACCUGUUCAAACCCAGCCCCAACCUCGCUAGCGCCCUCCUGAGGCCGACGAGUAAAUUGGAUCCGCAAGUCUCCCAGGAGGCGGCUCUUAGCCAGUUGUCCGCCCUUCCUGCCCUUUUGUCCAGCCGGAGACUACGCAUCCAGGUUCGCAAGAUCACCGAGCACGAUGAUAUGCAGGCAUCCGAGGUCCGCGAGCUCUACGCCAGCCUCCUUGAGAAUCUCCUUUCCCUAGCAGAGGCCGUCAAGGUCCACAAGCAACUCUACGGGCUCUGCGGAGAGUCUCUUGCCGGCCUUCUCAACCUCCUUACCAUCGGCGAGUUCAUCAAAGCUGUUGAGAAUUUGCUGGACCGACCAAACCUAGGCCUCCGCCAAAAGGUGCUCAAGGCCCUCGAAACGAGGGUGAAUCAGGAGAGCAGCGCAGACCCCAGCUCCCGAACGGUCCUCUUGGGCUUCCUGCCCCAGCUCACGGCGGCGAUCCGCGACUCCGAAGAUAUCAAGUACAAGCACACCGCCGUCGCGUGCGUGGACAAGAUUGCCGAAAAGUACGGCGAAAAGGACCUGGAGGCUGUCGCCGCCGCCGCUUCUACGAUUGCCGGAGAGCACUGCCUGGGCCAGUCCGACAAGCACCUCCGCGUCAUGGCACUCUUGUGCCUCGCGUCCCUCGUCAGCGUGCUAGGCCACGGCGUGCUCCCCGUGCUCCCCAGCGCCUCCGCGUACGCCAUGAACUACCUCAGGGAGUGCAUGACGGCCGAGGAGCCGGACCCGGAGCUGCACAACGCAUGCUACUUUUUCGUGCUGUCCGUCGUGCAGCACAUGCCAGAGAUGGUUACGAGCUCGUACCUCGAGCAGUUACUGGCCAUCUCCAAUGCCUCGGCCGAGCACGGGUUCGACGAGGAGGCGGAGGACGGCCGCAAGACGUGCCUCAAGACCCUGGCCACUCAGCUGGAUGCCAAGGUUCUCUUCGCCGGUCUUGCCAAUGGCUGGCCGAGGGCUGCUGGCGCUGGCUUCAAGGCUAUCACGGAAUACAUCGAUCUUAUUCGCACGGCCGUGGCUUCCCACCGGGAGCAGACCAUCCGAAAGAACGUGUCGUCUCUCUCUUCUAUCCUCCUGAGCGCUUACGACUUUAGGAGGCAGGAGUUCGAAAAGGGUCCUGUGACUGAGACUGUCGCUACCAAGGUGGCCGAGAUCGAGAGCUCCAUCAAUGAAGUGGCUCUCCUGGUCAUCCACAAGCUCAACGAUGCCACGUUCCGACCUAUUUUCACGCAGCUCGUGGACUGGACCAGCACCGGCCUCGGCAAGUCGGAUACGGUGGGACGCCUUCGCCGGUCUCAGAGCGUGUACGGGUUCCUGUACGCUUUCUUCAACCAGCUGGGCCGCAUCGUGACCAACUACGCGACAUAUAUGCUCGAUGACGCGGUGCGAGUGCUUCAAUCGACGAGCCCCAAGGAGUCGCGGGAGGCACGCAUGUUGUGGGAAAGCGUGCUCAAUGUGCUAGCCAAGUGCUUCGAGCACGACGAGGACGGUUUCUGGCAGACACCCGCGCACUUUGGGGCGGUGGCACCCGUCCUAGUAGACCAGUUCCGGUUCUCGGGUUCGCUGGACCUGUCGGUCGCGCUCGUGCCCGCGGUCGUAGAGCUCGCGCGCGCGGCCAGCUCGCAGGCGCACCAAAAGGAGCUCAACACAUCGAUCCUCAAGCUGCUGCGCUCGGAGCAGGCGUCGGCGCGCCUGGCGGCGGUCAAGUGUCAGCAGGCACUGGCGGAGAAGCUGGGCGAGGAGUGGCUGGCGAUGCUGCCCGAGAUGCUCCCGUUCAUCAGCGAGCUGCAGGACGACGACGACGAGGUGGUGGAGAGGGAGACGCACCGGUGGAUCGUGAGCAUCGAGGGUGUGCUUGGGGAGAGUUUGGACAGCAUGUUGCAGUAG